AUGGAAUCAAGCGACUCCGGCAAGUGGAAAGAAGCGUGUGACUCGGAGUUCGAUUCGCUUCAGAGAAACGACACGUGGGAAAUCGUGCCUCUUCCGAAAGGUCGCAAGGCCAUCGGGUGCCGAUGGGUUUUUCGUGUAAAGGAGAAUCAAGAUGGCGAAGUUGAACGUUUCAAGGCAAGACUUGUGGCCAAAGGAUUCUCACAGAAAUUUGGAGUUGACUAUGAAGAAACUUUCGCACCGGUGGCCAAGUUCACAUCGAUUCGUGUGGUGCUCAGUAUGGCGGCUAAGUACGGCCUAAUGCUACAUCAGAUGGACGUCAAGACAGCGUUUCUUAACGGCUCCCUCAACGAAGACAUCUACAUGGACCAGCCGGACGGAUACCUGGAUACAACACAGCCGGACUAUGUGUGCAAGCUAAAGAGAUCACUCUACGGCUUGAAGCAAUCGCCUCGCAUGUGGAACCAAACAAUCGAUGGGUUCAUGAUCAAGAUGGGAUUCAAGAAGUGCGAAUCGGACCACUGCAUCUACAUCAAGCGAGACGACCAAGACAUGAUUCUCGUGGUGCUCUACGUCGAUGAUCUCAUCCUGGCCAGCAGCAACAACGAACUCCUCAAGUCAACCAAGAUGGCGCUGAGCAAACGCUUCGAAAUGACGGAUCUCGGUGAGCUCGAUUACUUUCUCGGCAUGGAGAUCAAGAACGACCGUAAGACGGGAAUGGUGACUGUACAACAAACCAAGUUUCUCAAGUCCGUGUUAACCAAGUUCGGAAUGGAUAACAGCAAGCCAGUGAAGACGCCUCAAGAUCCCGGCCUGAAGCUAACCAAGAACAUGUGUGAACAAGAAUGCAAGCACGAAGACACCAUGUGCAACGUGCCAUAUCGAAGUGCUGUCGGAGGCAUCAUGUAUCUCAUGGUCGCCACACGUCCGGAUCUAGCUGCUGCAGUGGGAUCAUUAUCCCAGUUCUCGUCCGACCCAUGCCCGACUCACUGGCAAGCUUUGAAGCGUGUGCUGAGAUACCUGCAAGCAACGCCCAAUCAUGGUCUUGAGUUUACACGUGAAGAAGGAAGCCGUAUCUGCGGGUACACCGACGCAGACUGGGCCGGCGACAUUGAGUCAAGACGAAGUACAAGCGGCUAUGUGUUCAUGAUGAGCGGAGGAUGCAUCAGCUGGAAAAGCCAGAAACAACGGACGGUCGCGCUAUCUUCAACAGAAGCAGAAUACAUGGCGCUUUCCGAAGCAACCAAAGAAGCAGUAUGGCUCAAAGUGCUUUUGGGGGAACUUGGUGAGAUGACAAGCGACGAAGCGAUCAAGAUGUAUGAAGACAACCAAGGAUCAAUCGCUCUCGCCAAGAACCCGGAGUUCCAUAAGAGAACAAAACACAUCGACAUACGCUACCAUUUUGUGCGUGAGAAGGUGGAAUCAGGUGAAGUCGUUUUGGAGUAUUGCCCGACUCAAGAUAUGCUGGCAGACAUGAUGACCAAGCCGAUCGCCGCUGUACAAUUUGAAAACAUUCGCAAUCGACUUGGGAUCCAAGGUGCCGCAGCUAACGAGUCGAGAGGGAGUGUUGAAAAGACAGCGGCUGUGAAGAAGACACCUCGUCAAGCUGCGUCAAGUGUUGAAGCAAGUGGAAGACCAAGCUUCGCUAUACCGGUGGGUACCGGUAUGUACCAGUAA